ACGAACUCCUCUACUCUGUUUUCCUGCCAUUCGAAGCUCAAGAGACGGCGAUGGUGGGCGACGUCCGGCGACUUUGCUUCCUCCUCCUCCUCCUCGUCCUCCUCCCAUUCCUCGCCGCCGCCGACGACGAAUGCUCGAAUGACGGGGAAGGCCGCAACAAGACGGUGGCCCUCCGGCUGAGGAUCGCCGCCAUAUUCUCCAUCCUCGUCUGCGGAGGCAUCGGCGUGCUCGUCCCGGUGCUCGGCCGGUGGAUCCCCGCGCUCCGCCCGGAGAAGGACGUGUUCUUCGUCGUCAAGGCCUUCGCCGCCGGCGUCAUCAUCGCCACCGCCUUCGUCCACAUCCUGCCCGACGCCUUCGAAAACCUUACCUCCCCCUGCCUCGACCCCCACCCCUGGUCCGACUUCCCCUUCGCCGGCUUUACCGCCAUGGUGGCGGCCAUCGGGACGCUGAUGAUCGACACGAUCGCCACCGGGUACUUCACCCGCGUCCACGGCGGCGCGACGCCGGAGGCGGAGGGCUCGAAUCAGAUCCACACCCAUUCGACGCACGCCCAUACCCACGUCGUCGACCUCAAGGACGAAACUCCGGCGCAGCUUAUCCGCCAUCGAGUUAUUUCACAGGUUUUGGAGCUCGGGAUCAUAGUCCAUUCGGUGAUCAUAGGGAUCUCACUAGGCGCAUCGGAGUCUCCUUCCACCAUAAGACCUCUCGUCGCGGCUCUAAGUUUUCAUCAAUUCUUCGAAGGCAUGGGUCUCGGAGGUUGUAUUGCUCAGGCAAAGUUCAAAAGAGGGUCGAUCAUCACAAUGGGGCUGUUCUUCUCCCUGACAACGCCAGUUGGGAUUGCCAUAGGGAUUGGAGUAUCAUCUGUCUACAAUGAGAACAGCCCCACCGCUCUGAUCGUCGAGGGGCUGCUCAACUCUGUGGCUUCUGGGAUUUUGGUCUACAUGGCACUGGUCGAUCUUCUGGCAGCGGACUUUAUGAACCCUAAAGUUCAGGGCAGGGCGAAGUUGCAGCUCAUGCUGAAUGUGGCUCUGCUUCUUGGGGCAGGUCUGAUGUCCCUCCUUGCAAAGUGGGCUUAGGAGUGAGUAGUCUGUCAUGUAUUUGAGUUUUGUUUUCUAUCAGUUCAUGGAUUUAUGAAAAUAUUUAAUAAACAAUUUGGUUUUUUCUUCUUCUUCA